UCCCUCUCAUGUAUGUCGCACUUUCUCUUUCACCUCUUUCCGUCUGUGCUUUCCUCUUAUUUGCCCGUCUUGUCUGUUGAUCUCUUGUUCUCUCCAUGUGUGCCUGCACACGUCUCUGAGGUGUUGCUCCUUUUUGGCAGUAUGUGCUGCCUGUGGAGCUGUGCCUCUUCUGUGUCUCCUGGGUCCGCUUGGGUGUUCUCGCUUCAGUUCAACUAAACUGCCUGCAUGUCUUUCUCCUUUACCUGGGAGGCUGAACGUAUGACAUACAUAAUUCAGCCAAGCAGACAUCAGUCAGCAGAUCCUCGUUUGUGAACGAAAUUUCACAGCACAAACAAUUGCCGAUUCGUUCAUUUCAUUCACAAACUGCAAGUACCAGUUUGCACAGACACAUGAUGACAUAGCAGUUCCAAAUGAGCGUUCCGAAUCAAUCUUUGCACUCGGACGGAUUGCUUACUGACUGACAGAUGUUAGUAGACCUGUUAGCUACCCCCUUCCCUGAGUUGAUGACCUGAUGGAAUGCCUGGAGAGAGCCCGGCAUCUCCACCUUGGACCCGAUGAAGGGCUACUGGCAAGUCACACUGACGCCAGAAGCAAAGCCAAAAACCGCUUUCAGCAGUGCCAGCAACCACUGGCAGUACUGUGUUCUCCCCUUCGGCCUCUACAGAGCACCAGUGACCUUCCAGCACCUGAUGGACAUCAUCCUAAGGCCACACUGCCAGUUUGCUUGGACGAUGUCGUCAUCCACUCCUCCACCUGGUCUGCCCACCUCUAUUACCUCAGGGAAGACCUUGGAAGCCUCUGGAAGCCUCUGGAAGGCCAGGUUGACGGCCAACACGAAGAAAUGCUACCUGGAGCUGAUAUAGGCUCAAUACCCUCGGCCCACAUCAAAGAAACAGUUAUGUGCCUUUCUGGGGCUGGUGGGGUAUUACAGGAGAUUUGUCCCUAACUUCUCUCUAGCUUCCCCCCUCUCAGACCUUACCAAGAAUGGCCAACCGGACCGGUGCAGUGGACAGAGGAAGUGGAAUGGGCGUUCCAGGCCCUCAAGCAGGCCAUCACUAGCUUGCCUGUCCUCAGAAACUCUGACUUCUCCCUACCCUUCUCCAUCCACACAUAAGCAUCCGAGACAGGACUGGGGGCUGUCCUAUCCCAGACCUUUGGUGAAGAGCACCCGGUCCUCUACAUCAGCAGAAAGUUAACCCCUGCCGAGCAGAAGUAUGCCACGGUGGAACAAGAAGCCCUCGCAAUAAAGUGGGCCACAGAUGAACUACAGUACUACCUGGCAGGGCACCAUUUCACCCGGUCACGGACCAUACUUCCCUUACAGUGGAUGGCCCGGGCAAAAGACAUGAAUGCCAGCGUGACCUGGUGGUUCCUCUUGUUGCAGGACUUCUCAUUCCAGGUCCAGCACUGAGCGGGGACCCAGCACAGAAAUGCCGAUGUCCUCUCAAGAAGGCAUGCCCUCCUGACCCAACUCUCACCAGCAGUAGGCUCAGAGAGAUGCCGACAUCGACAACAAAGAACAACCCAGAGAAGAAGCUCUCCGGCUGUGCUGCGCCUCUCAACGGCAGCCUCGGCCUGCUCCACGCCUUCUGGGUCCUGCCUCACGGCUGUGCCAGCCCAUAAAUCACUCCCCACGCCGGGAAGACAGCGAUACCUACCUCCACACAGAGCACCUUUACAUCUCCACUCCAACACCCGAACUGAAAUAAAAGCACUCCUUUUGCACCACCUCUGCCUUCAGAGUGUCUGUGUUCUACCUAUCCCAGCCCUCAAGGCCAUAAUUGAACGGAAGACCUACAACGGAAGCAGCAGAUUGCCAUGAAGUACCUGGGCUUCAAUCUACCACCUAUGUUCACGGGGAACUAUUCCACGCCACAACAACAGGAGGAGAAGUAACAAACUGAGCCACGUAAGCAGCAGGUCGCCAUGAAGUACCUGGGCUUCAACCUACCACCUAUGUUCACGGACAACUAUGCCACACCAUGACAACAGGAGGAGGAGUCCGGGUACAAGUGGGAGUCUGUGGUCUGGGCUAGUACCAUCUCCCUCCCUCCCUCCCUCCCUCCCUCCCUCCCCUAUAAUAGAUCUAGGUCAGCAAACGGAGUCAGCGGAGAACAAAAGUCAGCCUCCAUGCUUGUCUGAGGACGCCACCCAGCUUUUCGGUUCAGCUGAGGACGUCGCUCAAUCACCCAGGUUGGCUGAAGAUGUCGCUCCAUGUCCUGACAUACCCAAGUGCUCCCCUCUGUUCGCCAACCCUGUGCACAAUGCCGCUGUGCUUGCCAGCUCCGCUGAAGAAGGCACUCCACUUUUCUGCCCGGCGGAGGACAUCGCUCUGCCUUCCUGCUCGGCUGAGGACGCCACUCUGCCUUUCUGUUCAGCUGAGGACGUCGCUCUGCCUUCCUGCUCGGCUGUGGACGUCGCUCUGCCUUCCUGCUCGGGUGAGGUCAUCGCUCUGCCUUCCUGCUCAACUGAGGUUGUCGCUCUGCCAUCCUCCUUCGCUGAGGACGUUGCUCUGCCUCCAUGUUCCACUGAAGACGUCGUUCCUCAACUUUGCUGUACACCAUAUGUCACUCCCCCUUCCUGCUCCACAGAGGGCAUCGUUCCCCCCUCAUGCUCUGCAGAGAGCAUCGUUCCUCCCUUUGGCCUCGCAGAGAACCUCGCUUCCCUCCCUGGCCUCACAGAGAACCUCGCUCCCCUCUAUGGCCUCGCGGAAAUCUUGAAGCUUCCCUUGGGCCUCGCAGAGAACGUCGCUCCCCUCUCCUGUCUUCUGGAGGAAGUUGUCCCGCUGUCCUACCACACAGACGUCACUCUGAGCUCCAGCCCUGCUGAGGAGGUCGCUCUGAGCUCCAGCUCCACUGUGGAUGUCGCUCUGCUUACCUGUUCCUCUGAGGAUGUCGCUCUGCUUACCUGUUCCGCUGAAGACGUCACUCUGCUUUCCUGUUCCGCUGAGGACGUUGCUCAGCGUACCUGUUCCGCUGAGGACAUUGCUCUGCCUACCUGUUACACUGAGGACGUUGUGUUGCUUUCUUGUUCCGCUGAGGACGGCACUCAGUCUCCUAGUUCUGCUGGGGACAUUUUGCCCAAGGGGCCAGGACCACCAGAUGGAGGGAGAAGCGCCCUUUGGGAGGGGGGGAUUCUGUCAUAUAACAAAGAGGUAACUCUGGACUUCACUUCCCAUCAGCCACUGCAUUGUACUACAAUAUGUCACAUGACCACCUGCACCUGAAUCACGGUUCUGUUAAUGAGCACACUUAUAUAUAGCCAUUGUUUGCACUGCUUCUCUGUUUUACGUUUGUCUUAGACUACCGUUGACCAUGUUACUGUGUGUUGAUCCUGUCAGUUUAUGUUUAGUGCUUGUCACAGUGUUUUGCAUUAUUUAAUAAAAAUGUUUAAAUUCUGCGAUUGCUUCCGCAUCUACCUUUGAAACGUGACAUGACAGGACAUGGGUAAAUGGCCAUCUCUGCUGCAUUCACUGAAGACCUCCUACAGAUCCUCUCCAAUGAAGUUCCAAUAGUGCUUGUAAAAUUCAGAUGGCACGCCAUCAAUUCCAGGAGACCAUCCUUGAGCCAGAUUGACCAACUGCAGCAGUAAGUUCUUAAAAGGAUACAUCAGUGUCCAGAGCAGCUUUUGAGUCAGAGUCUAGUUGAGGCAGUUCUUGAAGGAGCUUUGCAGCACAGUCAGCAUCACAAUGCCACAUAGAGACUAGCAUAAAAGUCCACUGCAUGGUGACACCCUUUCAUUCAAAAAAGACCCAGAUUAUUUUUGUCUCCCCCUUUUUUUUCCUGUUGCAAAUUAAUAAGUAACAUAGGAUCCUGUCUGCCCAAUAAUUCUGAAUCAAGGGCAGAUAUGUCUUCAAGAAUUUGAUUACGUUUCUCUUAACCGCUUAGUUAACAGUUUACUGCUGAUAAAACAAUCUUAUAUUUGUCUUCCCAAUUUCCCACCGUUCUUUAAUUUUCAAAAAUGCCUUUUUUAUUUUCCAGUGCUGCCAGAACUUCUCAAAAUGUGCACACGUUUUUAUAUUGGAGUAAUUUGGUAUUGAAGUAACAUGGACUUCUUUGAAAUCUGGGACAUAUUUAUUAUAACAGAAACCAAAUGAGGGACAGUAAGCCCACUGGAAUGACUGGACAAUCAAUGACCCUAAUACUAAAUUUGUUAGGCACAUAAAUCCUGUCUUAGCGGCCAGCACUGAUUCUAUUAUCAGUAACUUUUACCCAAUUAUCUUGUCUCACAUUUGGAUAUUUAAUCCUCCAAAUAUCUAAGAGGUCAGCCUCUCUAACUAAUUUGGAUACAUGAGUAGAAGUCUGUAUAUGAGGUUCUUCAGAGUUACAAUCCAAAAUAAAAUCUUCAGUGCAAUUCCAAUCUCCUCCAAUGAUAACAUUAUCAUCAUUAACACACUGUAUUAAAACAUCACUUAACACAUUAAAAAAGCUAAUCCAAGCAUCCUACACAGCAGAAGAUUGAGACAUAGCCUUGUGGACCACUUCUAGUCCUGGUUCAUUUGUCACUAUCUGCCAGGACUCCAAUGAUGGCUGAAAUGGAGGGAAACCUCUGACAAUCUUGGUAUUGGUCAAAUGUUUUUAAUAAUUGAUCCAAAUCUCCCACAAGCACUUUGGCCUGAUGGCAAGGUGACCAACCAUGCCAGCAAUCAAUAUUGAGCCAGAUACAGAGGUGAAGAAGUCUGCAUUGUUCUUACAUUUGUCUAGCACUGUUUGCCCACACUGCUCAGAGUUUUACAAGUUCAGUACCUGAAAUGAAGAAAAAGUGUGUCAUAUUCAUACAUAGUGACACACACCAUUUAACAUCUCUUUAACAUUAAUAGUUAUGCAUUUGAGGAAAACUGGUAUUGUUUGUGCAGUUAGAAGUUGCCAUAGCAACUAGCCCAAAAAAAGUUUUCUUCGAGCAGGUGUGCUUUGACCAUAAACUGCACACCAGGGAUGGCACCUCUACUCCAAAAGUGGUAAGGCAUAUUUGGAUGCUUUUAUUGAUAUUUAAGAAAAUUUGAGCUGUUAAUGAUAUUUAAACUAGAUAUCAUGUGUCACAACAAAUACUUAUCAUAUGUCAAGCAAAUAUUCUUUAAAUUAAUUUUAUUAAACAGUAAAGAACCCUCAACAUCUCAGUGUUUGCUUCCUUAUACAAUACUAGGGUUAACUCCGUUACAUUCAACUUCUAUGGAAAAUUGUAGAACAGGGACAUCCAAUCUUAUCCAGAAAAGGUCUGGUGUGAAAAGCAAAAUAAUCAAAGUAAUCUCAGUCUGGUAUAUGGAGGUCUGAUUAUAAUACAAUAACAGGGCACAACACAUCUUUUAAUGAACAUCAGAGUAGUUUGUUGUGACCCCCACAGGCUUCAUUUUGUAUUUUACUCCUCAGGCAGCUCCUAACAUCAAAAAAUAAGUUAGCAAAUUUAGAUAGCACUAAUUCUAAAAUGUUUUAAAAAUUUCAAGACAUGUUCAUGGUCCACACUAGGCUGUUUGUCACUGUAGUAACUGUUUGUUUUGUUAAACAUAUUUCCACCAAGCUUUACUUACUUUAUUUGAAGAAUAUAAUUGCAUAUGUCAAUUAAAAUAUUGCAAAGUUAGUGAUUCAAAGUGAUACUGACUCAACACAUGAUUAUUAAGCACCAGUGAGUGCCAAAAUGUAUUGUAAGAUACAGAAGUAUUGAACUACAGAAGUAUUGUAUACAGAGAAGUGUUUGGGCUCCGAUGCUCCAGUUAAAACUAAGAAUUGACGUGUCAGGAGAAUAUCAACACCUAAAUGCAAUUUAAAUAUGUGAACGAGGUUAAAUGUUACUGAGAUUAGCUAGUUGUUUCCCCAGUGGUGUACAGUGUCCCUAAACAAUAUUGUCACGAAAUGAAGGUGACAACGGAAGCAAGUGCAGGUUAGGCAGAUUUAAUCACAACAAGUACAAGGGUAAGGCAGAAAUCCAUAGUCAAAAAAUAGGCAGAGGUCAGGCAAUCAGGCAAAACAAGGCAGGGCAGAGAAUCGAAGUCCAUAGCGUAAACGAGGGUAAAAACUCAGAAUGGCAAAACACGAAAACAAGGCUUGGACAAUGACAGAGACUAGGCAGCUGAACGUUUACUUCGCAAAGUUCAAAUGUUCACAAGUGUGAGGAAUUAGCCCGGGGAAGGGCGGCGUACAGACCCACAGGAGGCAGAAGAACGUUCACAAACGGUGGUUUAUUGGUGCAAGGGUGAAGUGAAGGGAUGAGUGCGGGGCUUGUGGAGGUGUGAUUGCUGGUGUAGCCUACUCGUGGCGGAGGCGGGAUUCCCGAGACGGGGGCGAGGGUUUUCCCGGGCCGGCGUCCUCCGUAGGUGGGACUUUCACCACCCGGCGAUCUCGUCCGCGCUUGCACCUUUUGUGGAGAGAGAGAGAGAGAGAGAGAGAGAGAGAGAGAGAGAGAUUAGCGUGGGGCGUGAGGUUACCGUCGUGCUCGGUGAUUGCGAGUCGCUAUGUCGCUGGAAAACACGCACGGAGUCCGUCUUGUCGCUACGGUAUUCUCUUCUCUCGUACAGCCGGAAGCGCGCCCUUUUAUCUCCCCUGCCGUCGCCUGAGUGGUGGAAUUUCUCCGUUGGGUCCGCCAAUCGCUGGCCGGAGUCGCGUCAGUCCCGCCCCGCCGCGACGGUCCUUCCGGCUGGUGGAAUGUUCGGCACGAAGCUGCCCACGUCGUGCCGGUGCGGCAGUUGGAGAAGGAGCGAUUUCCUUCUUGUGUGCACCGGCUCUCUGCCCGUUGCGACAACAAGGUCUCUUAUAAACUGUGUUGUGAGUUUGUGUGUGAGAUUGGGUGCAGGUGUGUGUAGUCAGAACUCCAGAGACUGUGAGCGUGUGUGUGUACAGAAAGUGUAGUCCUCUUCAGCCAUGUCUGUAGUUUGUGGUGCCUCCUGGGAAAUAUAUUUGCUGGUUUGCAGUGAUAUGACAGUGCAUAGACUAGGGUCAAGGAUGUCCUGAGAUGGAACCCAGCACUGUUCCUCUGGCCCAUAACCAAGUGGUACUGCCGUGGCUAGUGGGCCUGGGAUGACUGGUUUGAGGCGCGAGACAUGGAAUGAUGGGGCUAUGCGGCCGUGUCUCGGUAAGUCCAGCUUGUACAUAACCUCGUUGAUCUGUUUGAUGAUCCUGAAGGGUCCAAUGUAUCUUCAGUUGAGUUUUUUGCACGGGUAUGGUUGUUUUAGAUCCUUGGUGGAGAGCCACACUCUGUCACCUGGUUGGUACUGGGGGUGUUCACUGCUGGGGGUGUUCACUGUUUCAGCCUUUUGUUUGUAGGUGUGCGUAAUUUGCACUAGGCAUUGGUGUAUGCUCUCCCAAACUUGUUCACUUCUUCAGAACCAUUGGUCAACAGAUAGGGUGUCGCUUUCCAUGGAAAUAGAGGCGGCUGGUAGCCUAAGAUGCACUGGAAUAGUCACUGAGUGACGUAGGGAGUUCUGAGCAUACUCAGCUCCUAAUUGGCUCGUUCCACUUGAUCAUUAGCCUGUGGAUAGUAACCUGAGGUUAGAUUGAUGGUGAUACCCAUCUUUUCCAUGAAACUGGACCAGAUUCUGGAUAUGAAUUGCAGACCCCGAUCACUGAGAAUCUCCUCCAGUAUUCCAAAGUACCUGAAUACGUGCUGGAACAGUAGUUCAGCAGUUGUGAAGGCCGACGGGCUGGUGGGCAGUGAAAUGAGAUGCAGGGACUUCGAAAAUUGAUCAGCAGUCAUUAAGAUGGUAGUGUUACCUUGAGACUCUGAAGCUAAAGCUUGCCCAUGGGCAGUGUUCGAGGCACCUUAGACUGAGCACACAUUGAGCAAGAGGACACUACGCGAUACACCUCCCUUGACAUGUUGGGCCACCAGUACUUCUCUCACAACAGGUCGUAGGUGCGGUGAGUACCUGGAUGACCAGUGGCAACCACUGUGUGGGCCUAGGAAAUGAGCUCCAGCCAGUGCUGCUCAGGAACAAACUGCUUCCCUGGUGGACAUGCUGCUAGGAUUUGUGACCUUGGUUUGAGGAAGGUGGUAGAAUGUACUCCAUGUGGUUGUCUCGAAUGCCUGUGCUGUGUAGCCGGGAGAGGGCAUUGGCUUUGGUAUUCUUGGACCCGGGUCUGUAGGACAAGGUGAACUGGAAUCGUGAGAAGAAGAGGGACCAACAGGCUUGAUGAGGUGUCAGACGCUUGGCUGUACAUACAUAUUCAAAGUUCUUAUGGUCUGUGAAAAUGAAAAAGGGGUGCAUGGCUUCCUCCAUUCUUCCAGGGCUAGUUUGACCGCCAAGAGUUCUCUGUUCCCCAUAUCAUAGUUUUGUUCUGCUGGGGAAAUUUCUUGGAGAAGGCCACUGGGUGAAGCUUUGGCUUGUCUCCGAACCUCUGUGAGAGGAUGACUCUCACUCCUGUGUCUGAGGCAUCUGCCUCCACGACAAAGGGCUUGGAAGGAUUGGGGUGCUUGAGGAUGGAAGUGGUGGUGAAUGCUUCCUUAAGUUGAUUUAAUGCUUCUUGGUUUGCUGGAGUCCAGGUUAGCCGCUUCGGCUUGCCUCGUAGCAGGGAUGUUAAGGGUUGUGCUAUAGAGCUGAACCCUCUGAUAAAACGUUUGUAGAAAUUGGCAAAGCAGAAAUUAUUGUAACUCCUUGACCGUUCCUUGACCGCUCGUGACCACUACCUGCACCUUGCCUUGGUCCAUAGUGACUCACUCAGGGCUGAUGAUGUAGUCCAAGAAGAAGAUGGUGUGCUGAUGGAACUUCUCUGCUUUGACGUAGAGCUGCUGCUGCAGGAGUCUUUGCUAGACCUGACAUACAUGGAGGACAUUUGGAGUAGAUCAAAAUGUCGUCGAUGUAGGUGAUGACACGCCUCCCCAACAGGUCUCUUAGGACGUCAUUGAUGAGACAUUGGAACACUGGGGCACUAGAGAGUCCAUAUGGCAUGACCAGCUACACAUAGUGGCCUGAGGUGGUAUGAAGGCAGUUUUCUACUCAUCUCCCUCCCGUAUAUGGACCAGGCUGUAAGCACUACAAAGUUCCAGCUUUGUGAAGAUGGUUGCUGACCUUACUUUUUCGAGGGCUGUGGGCACAAGUGGCAAAGGAUAACGGUACUUGACAGAGCGUUGGUUGAGGCCCUGGUAAUCUAUGCCUGGCCCAAGGAUGCCUCCCUUCUUCUCUACAAAAAAGAAACCAGCCAAAGCGGGGGAUGUAGAGGGACUGAUGUACCCUUGUUGGAGUGCCUCCUGAAUAUAUUCCUCCAUGGCCCACUGUUCUGUCUGUGAGAGUGGAUAUACCCGCCCCUGAGGUUGGCUGGUUCCAGGCAGCAGCUCAAUCGCACAGUCAUAUUUGCGGUGUGGUCAUAGUCCACUUGCUUUCUCCUUGCUAGAUACCUCAACGAGGUUAUGAUACUUGGGUGGAACUUGAACUGGUGCGAAUUGGUUGGGAUUUUCCACUGUUGUGGCUGCUAUCGGGAUAACCGGGGCUUGAAGACAGUGUGCAUGGCAGUAAGGAGACCAGUGAGUCAUUUGUUUGCACUCUACUCUGCACACUUUGCUUCUUCUGGAAAUCAAUUAAUGGAUCUUGUAUGGUAGCACUACUUGUAUUGUUCUCUGCUUGAUAUAUCGCUUUGCUUGUAUUUACUCAUUUGUAAGUCGUUUCUGAAUAAAAGCGUCUGCUAAAUGAAUAAAUGUAAAUGUAAAUGUCCUAAUCACAGAAGUUCCCCGCUGCUCCGGAGUCGAUCAGUGCUGCGAGAACAGAAGACACCCCUGAGUGUUCAAUCAUAGCUGGUAGAACGAGGCUUGGUGAGAGAGUAACUGAGAUGGACUCACCCUUUGGGAACGAGGUCUGGAGUCCCCACUCUAACCGGUGUGCCCAUGACACUUGAGAGGGCACUGUCGGAUGAGAUGGUUGUCUUCUCCACAGUAAAAGCAGCAAAACUCUCAACGACGCCUCUCUCUUUUCUCCACUCUGAGCCGUGCAUGUCCCAGCUGCAUGGGCUCUGCGGUGGCUCGUUGCACUGUAACACUUUCCUUGUGAUGCACUGAAUGGCGGCUUUGCAGAAGUCAAUCCAGUCAGAUGGUGAGGUCAGUGAGAGAAUCGAGGGUGAGUUGUUCGUCAUGACAGGCCAGCUUCAUCACUAUUUAAGGUUAAAUUAUUUAUUAUUAUUUAUCACUAUUUAAGUCCCUGGCAAAACACAAUCUUUAGGGCUGGUUCGUUCCACUCACUCCUUGCUGCGAUGGUCCGCAACUGGAGGCCAUAUUCAGCAACACAACAUGAACCUUGAGUCAUGGUUAGAAGCUCCUCUCCUGUCCCCCUGCCAUUGGGAGAGUGAUCAAAGACAUGCCAGAAACGCGCCGUAAACUGUUCCAAAGAAGAGAUGGAAUCGCCGCCUUGCUCCCAUAAGUCUGUAGCCCAUAGCAGAGCGUUCCCGGUUAAGAGUUCCAGAAAAUGGGUGAUCUUACAUGUCUCUGGCAUGUCUGCGUUGCUAGUGAAGAACAAGGAGCAUUGUAGCAGGAACCCUUUACAUCGUGCCGGAUCCCCGGCAUACAUAGGGGUUGAGCACCCCUAAAGCUGUAAUCCUAGAUAUGGAGCUUUCUGUAUGUCACCACUUGUCAUUAUUUAAGAGAAUAAAGAUGCUGCCAGAGAUGGUAGUAGAUACAGUCCCCUUCGAAAGUAUUCAAUGGCAAAGCCAAGUCUUUUGUUUUUGUUGUACACUGAAGAUAUUUGAGGUCAGAAGAUGAACAUAAGACAAUAAAUCAGAAUUUCAACUUUCAUUUACUGAUAAUUACAUAUAGGUGCUACUAGAUGUUAUAUGUAAACUUAGAACAUGGCACCUUUGGUUACAUAUCAGACAGUUUUUAAGUAAGCAGAAGUAUAGAAACAGAUAAACUUAAUAACAAAUAUUAAGUCUUAUUUACUUUGUGUUGCUUCCAAUAACUGCAUCAUGCCAGCAACCCACUGACCUCACCAAACUGUUGCAUUCUUCUUUUGUGAUGCUUUUCCAGGCUUAUACAACAGCUUCUUCCAGUUGUUGUUUGUGUUGGGGGUUUCUCUCUCCAGUCUCCUCUUUAGGAGGUGAAAUGCAUGCUCAAUUGGGUUAACCUCUGGUGAUUGACUUGGCCAGUCUAAAACCUUCCACUUGUUUCCCCCGAUGAAGUCCUUUGAUGUGUUGGUAGUGUGUUUUGUCAUUGUCUUGCUGCACGAAGCAGCCAUGCAAGCCCAAGCUAUGACACCUCCACUGUGCUUGACUGAUGAGCUCAUAUGUUUUGGAUAAUGAAAAGAUCCUUUCUUUCUCCACACUUUGGCCUUUCCAUCACUUUUGUAGAGGUUAUUCUAGGCUCAAGAACUUUUGUGGCUCAUUGCUGUAUUUCUUUGAGGAUUCCAAUAUGGCCUUGUAAUUCUUACUGGUGAGGAGUGGUUUGCAUCAUGUGGUAUGGCCUCUGCAGUUCUGCUCUCAAAGACUUCUUCAAAUGGUAGGUUGUGAUACCUUCAUCUCUGCCCCGUGGCAGUUGUUGGUGAGUUGUUUAACACAUCUAGAUGUAAAUAUCAGGAAAUGAAAUCUACAAUUCUAAUCUAUUGUCUCAUCUUUUGAUCUUAAACACAAAUGUCUUCAGUUUUCAGCAAAAACAAAAUAAUUGACUUUGAGUUUGAAUACUUUCAGAGAAGACUGCACAAGAUCCAAAUAUACUUCAAGCCAAUAUAUUUGGAACUUGUGCAUUAGACCCCAUUAAUAAUAGGAACAAAUAUUAAUUUGAUCAUAUGACAUCAAUUGCUGCAAAAAGAAAUAAUACUUUAAGGGUAUGCAUGUUUGUGAUAUAUGCAUACUGCCAUUGUAUUGCAAUGGCCUGCUGCCGUUGUAUUGCAAUGUGGUUUGACACUAUUGCAAAAAAUGCAGUCAUAAACUAAAUGGAAUGUCGGACAGGAACUGGGCUUGAGAGGUCGCCUCUUCAACCUCACACAGGAACUGGGCUGGAGAGGUCGCCUCUUCGACCUCGGACAGGAACUGGGCAGGAGAGGUCGCCUCUUUGACCUCGGACAGGAACUGGGCUGGAGAGGUCGCCUCUUUGACCUUGGACAGGAACUGUCACUACAUUGAUCUCUGGCUGGAGCUCUGCAGGUGAGACCACCUCGAGGGUCUCAGGUUGAAACUCUGGGAAUGAGACCGCCUCAUGGGUCUCAUGCUGAAGCUCUGGGGAUGAGACCACCUCGUGCAUCUCAUGCUGGAGCUUUGGAGAUGAGGUCGCCAUAUUGACCUCCGGCUGGAGCUAAGCAGGUGAGACCACCUCGUGGGUCUCAGGUUGGAGCUCUGGAGAUGAUGUCGCCACAUUGACCUCCGGCUGGACCUCAGUAGGUGCUCUCUUGGGGAGCCAUUUGUGAGUACGCCAACUGCACUUGAAACAUCCCUGAGAGCAGAAAUAUGAUCCAUGGAUCCCAAGUUUCCUGCAUGUGGGACACUGUAGCUGGGCCUCUUUAUAGCAGCCCUCAGUCUUGCAGGUCAGUGUCACCUCCACCACUUCCCUGUCGGCUGGGGCCUGAAGCUGAGCUGCAGAGGCUGCCCUGUCAAUCCACUCAUAAUAGGUGUAGAAUGGCAGGUCAGCCUGGUUCGUCACACUGGCUCCCCUCAAAAGUUGAUCCAGGUCAUUGCUCUGCCCUGGAUGCCCAAACUCCUGUAAGAAUAGUUCCGCAAAUUGAGUUACAUUAUUGAGGGCACUGGACCCUGUACUGGCCAGAUGCGCUGCCCAGUCAUGGGCCGGGCCAUAAAACCGGGACACCAUGAACCCAAACCACUGUCUCUUGUCCGGCUUGGGGUGCGCUAGGCUAGAAAAGUACAUUUGGCUAUGGAACAAGAACUGCCUCAGGUAGUCACACAAUCCAAAAUUCUCCAUGGGGAGGUCCAUGGCAGUCCACUGAGGAAAUAGGACUGACAUGAAAGGUGGCCAAACAUCCCCAUGUACACUGCUGUGAUGCUCUCCUCGCUCUCCUGCUGCAUCCAUGUUAUGGC